AUGGCGCCCCAAUCGCACAGCGAAGGCCCCGCGGUCGCUGAGCCCGCGACAGAGCAACCAGCCGCCCCCAACGACGACGCAAACGAGGACGAACAGCCCGCCGCCGAUGCGCCCGCCUCCCCGCCGCUGCCCUCGCGACACACGGCCGUCGCGCCGGGCCCCCGCGCGUCGCGUCUGCAGGAGCUGUACGCGCAGCGCCUCCAGCGCACGCUGGGGAAGCUUGCGUGGCAAAACUUUGCCGGCUGCUAUCCCACGGUGGCCAGGAAGGCCGAGGGCGUGCUGAAGCAGGUGCAGGGGCAGAUGGUGGACAAGCUGGGGGAGAAGUGUGAGAAGGAAUUUGAAAAUAUCAUGGUCGCGAGACAGGUCAUUCCCAAGCUGAACGACCUCGAGAGCCUCAUCAGCGAUGCCUCCCACCGCCGCGCCGAAUCAUCCUCAUCCACGACCGAAACUACACCACCAACACCCCCUCAUCUUCUCCCGCCCAACGCCAUCCUCGCCGCACACCUGCACCCGGCCCUCACCGCCCACCAGUCGCAGCUCAACGCGCGACUACAGACGACGCAGUCCCAGAACGCCCUGCUGUACGACGAGGUGCGCCGCCAGCGCGCCGAGAUUGCCGCCCUGCUCGACCGGCUCGAUGCCGUCGUUGCCGAUGUCCAGGUUGCCAAUGACGCCUUCCGGCCUGUCGCGGAUGACCUCGCCGCUGAGACGAGGGAAGGCCUUGCGGCAGUCGAGGCGGCGGGUGCGCGGAGGUCAUGA